CCACAAAGUUCACUACUUUACGACCCACGAUGAUAUCCCCACUCUGGGCCACCGUUAGUCCUAUUCGCCGACAAGCCGCAAAACUGAUCAGCGAUUAUAACCAACCGUUAUUGCCAUCCUCAUUUGGCCUUGGUCUCUCACUUCCCAAGUCGAGCUUCAGAGCUUCCUUCGAGUGUCGCUGCACCAACAAGGAAAUUCAGGAUAAGCCCGCCGAGGGUUUCUCAGUGUUGGCAUCGGAUAUUCCAUGGGACACUGGGAGUAUAUGGAGCACCAUGGCUAUAUACAUGUUCAAUUUGCACAUUCCUUUAGGUUAUGGAGGCUUGUCUAUUGUCACCUACAUAUUGCAUCAGUCCAUUCUUAAGCCAGAAACUGAAGCAUUGUCACUGCUUAUUCUCCAAAUUUUAGAACUCGCUGGGGCUCCUUUUUUAUUGGGUGCUGCUAAGCCGAACUGUGCCUUUGUAAGCUUCAAUGCUAACAAAUCUGCAAAGGAAAGAAACUGGUUGCUGGCAUCAGCUCUAGGUUUUGGGUCGAUUAUUUCAUUGGUUUUCCUGACUUCCAUCCUCUCUGACAAUAUAGUUGGUACAAAGGCUGUGAACAACCCUGUUGUGAAGGAAAUUCUUAUGAGUAGCCUCACGUCAAGAACUGCUUGUGUACUAGUUUACUGCUUCAUAGCUCCUGUACUAGAGGAAACUGUUUACAGAUGGUUUCUGUUGACAUCCCUUGCCUCCACAAUGGAUUGGCGGCAUGCGGUUCUCAUAAGCUCAGCCAUUUUCAGUGCAUCUCACUUCUCCGGUGAGAAUUUUUUACCACUGUUCAUCAUUGGGUGUGUCCUCGGAUGUUCUUAUUCUUGGACUGGCAAGUUGAGGACGCCUGUUCUGAUACAUUCUUUGUACAAUGCUUUUGCACUGCUCAUGACAUUUUUGUCUUAACAAUCUGAUUCUAGUAUAUUCUAGUCUAGCCCUUUCAAUAUCAAAGAGGCAUCUUUAUUGGUUUUUCUUCUAGACGUUAGUCCAUAUAUCAUUAUAUGGAGGUUUCACUGAUGUAUUCAUGAAGUUAGGCUCAAUGUAAUGAUUCUCACAGGAAAUCUCUCCAUAUGUGGCUUCUGUCCUAAGCCACAUAAA